AUGUACCAACCACCAACUACCCAGCCGUGUAACCAUGGCAGAAAACAUAACGAUCAGCUGCCCUGGUCCGCGCAGUCUCUUAGAUUCCCCAACAUACAGACGUCACAGGAAUUUGAAAGAAGUGAAACAUUUGUUAACGGGAUGGAUGCGAGGCAGUUAGUUUUAGAUGAAAUCGAUGACUUUGAUUCAGUACAACGCCCUACAUCGUACAAGAAGGGCCGAAUUAUUCCCCACCCAUCCACCGCUAAACUAAUUGCCCUCUCCCGACGCGCUAAACCUGCCAUUAUACCCGAUAUGACGACCAUAUUCCGAAUUUACUCUGAUCAAUACCAACCAGAGUGGAUGAAAAAGCCAGCGUUAUCGAAAAGUUUUCUGACAUUGUCUACAACAUCUUCUAAAUCAAAUUCUGAGUCAACCAUUGUCGAUGCAUGUACUUAA